CUGAGCUCUCUCAUUGGCUGCAGACUGUGAGAACCUCCAGCAAACCCAGGACUCACACAUUCAUAUGGAGAUUAGAGAGUAUAAAUAGAGGAGGGAGUGAGAGAGAGCUCAGCACAGCUCAGAUGUUCUCCUCACAGAGAGCAACAGAAGAAACACAGCCAUGGCUCCUACAAUCACUGCAUCAAUCAUCAACUCCAACCACCUUAUUCCACUUACUAAUAGGCUGAGAAAGCCGAUAGUGGAGAAGAUGCGUAGAGAACGUAUCAACAGCAGCAUCGAGAAGCUCAAGUCUCUGCUGGGUGGAGAAUUCCUAAAGCAACAGCCAGAUUCCAGACAGGAAAAAGCCGACAUCCUGGAGAUGACACUUUGUUUCCUGAGACAGCAUCAGCAGCCACACAAGAGUUUGAGUGAUGAAGGUUACAGCAGGUGUGUGCAGGAAGCCACCAAUUUCCUGUCAUAGUGUCAAGUACACACAUUGGCAUUAACUUUGUUUUCUUAAAUGUGUCCUAAUAUUUUAGUCCAAUCUUACAUGGACAGAAUAUGGCAAGUUUCUUUCAUAUUGGAAAAGCAUGUGAAGAUUUUUUUUUAUUACUGUGCCUCAGAAUUUCUAUGCAGGAACUGCUGCAUACUUCAGACUUUUUUUUUUUUACUUUGAUUGUAUAAGUAAAAGCUCAUAUUGAGUAAGUAAAUACUGCAUUUGCAGUAGGUUUACAAAUGACAUUUUUAAUGUCGCAUUGACAUUAACGCUUUGUUAUUAGUUUUGCAUUUGCAAAAUCUAAGUUGCUUUCAUUGAAAGAAAACAUACGUAGAUGUUUCUAAAUUUUUGAAACCACUCUAUUUUCUUCCAAUGCCAGAAGAAUGAUUAUACUCAUCAAGUUUUGAGUGCAUUACUAAAACCCAUGUUGGGUGUAAACUUUCUGCCACAGUGCCUUGUGGAUUGUUUAACUGUUUGAUUGUUUGGAUUAAACUUUUAACUGAAAAAAGUAGUUCAAGCUUUUAUUAGAAGUUAUUUGCUUUCAUGUACUGUAUCAUGUGAAUGUGAA